AUGGGCUCGUAUUCCCAAGCACGUUCCUUGUUCGAAAAAGCCCUUGACAUUAAACAAAAACUCCCUUAUGUCGAUCGUUUUGAUCUAGCCGUUAGUUACAAUAAUCUCGCUUCGGUAGACGAUCUUAUGGGUCAUUAUGCACAGGCGCUCAUGUAUUACGAAAAAGCGCUUUUGCUUUAUCAAGAAAAUCUGCCUGAUUAUCAUCAUCAUCCAAACUUGGUCUGCCUGUGGAGCAAUAUUGGAUUACUCUAUAAAAAUACAGGAGAGUAUACUCAAGCACUCGUGCAUCUUGAAAAAGCUCUUGAAGCAGCUCUCGUCUGUUUUCGUUCAGAUCAUCUCGACGUAGCUGUCUCCUACAAUAAUCUUGCUUCCGUGUAUAGUGAUAUAAAUGAUCAUUCUCGAGCACUUUCCUGUUAUGAAAAGACUUUGACUAUUUUCGAAGCCAAUCUACCCGAGAGUCGUCUGAAUCUAGCUACUUCAUACAAUAAUGUCGGUGUGGUGCACAAAAAUAUGGGAAACUACUCACAAGCGCUCUUCUUCUAUGAAAAAGCUCUUAAUAUUCGUCGACAAGCUCUUCCUGAAGAUCAUCCCGAUAUCGCCAUCUCCUACAAUAACAUGGGUUUAGUUUACGCUAAUAUGAAUCGAAAUGCUGAAGCGCUUGCAUUCUAUGAGAAAGCUCUUCUCAUUCAACAGAAAACUCUUCCUUCAAAUCAUCCUGAUUUAGCCAUGUCGUACAACAAUAUCGGUUUGGCCUACGACCAGACAGCGGAGUACUCUAAAGCGCUCUCCUAUCUCGAAAAAGCUCUCGAUAUUCAAGAAAAUAUGAACCCUACGAAUCAACACAGUUUGGCUACUUGUUACAACAACAUAGCUUCAGUGCAUCAAAGCACGAAAAACUACUCUCAAGCUCUUUCCUUCUACACGAAAGCUGUGAGUAUUUGUGAAAAAUCUCUUCCAGCUAACCACCCGAACUUAGCUACUUCGUACAACAAUAUUGGCUCGGUGUAUCAUGCUAUGGGUGAACAUUCGCAAGCUCUAUUAUUUUUCGAGAAAGAUCUGGAAAUAUGUCAGCAAAAUCUUCCGAAAAAUCAUCCAGAUUUAGCUUUUUGCUACAACAACAUACGCUUAGUAUAUCUACACAUGGGCGAUGAAUCACAAGCACUUUCCUUCCGGCAGAAAGCGUUAUCAAUAUUGAAUAGUGAAGAUCGCUUGACAACAAAUUAA